UUCUAUUGAACGUGGCCUUUGAUAUCUUCCGAUACAUUUUUCCUAUUAUUCCAUAUCUGUUACCAUCCAUGCUUAUUUCGAGCUAUGUUUCAUAUUUCGGCUACGAUAUUCCUACGAGGGCGCUAGUGCAUAGCGAAAUUUCUCUGGUAAAUCCCGUAAGGCGUAACAGUUUCUUUAUAGUAUCUCGUCGGUGACGCACUAACCCAUCUUUUUUCUGAACGAGGAGUCAGCAAUAAUGACAUUCAGCUCAUGUGGCAGAUACUCUAUUGUAGUUCCGAUAAACAGGUGAUUCCUGGCUGCUAGAAUAUAGAAUUCACAUAAAUAUGGACGAGAAUUUAAAAUAUUGGCUGAGAUGUUUGGAGGAGAAUGAAUACGACAUAUGCGAUAAAGCGCAGAGAGCACUGUUAAAUAUUUGCCAUAAGUUGCUGAUGUCUCCAGACGAUGACAAAUGUCGCGAAGUGCGUUUCGACAAUGAAAUCAUCAUUCAGAAAAUUCUGCCUGCUGUAGGUGCUAUCGAGUGUCUGGUCGAAGUCGGCUACGUCGAGGAUGGCGAGCGUUUAUUUUUUCCACAUGAUACAUCCCUCUCAAGGAUCCAACAUUUGUCGCAAAUGUUAUCUGCCAAAUUAAAGAAAUCUAUAAUUAAAAGUAAGGAACCUGAGGUGAAAAAAAUAUUCUUUAGAAACAUUAUCAGCCGCUCUGAUAAUGUUAUGCUUUAUGAGGAUGAGAGAUUGCAAAAGGAAGCUAUGAGAUUGAUACCUAUUGAUACAUUAAGCAUGAAAUCAGUGAAAACAUUUAGAGAACUGCAAAGAUCUUAUAAAGCAUACAAUUCAGCAAGUGGUAUUUCCUCAGAUAUUGAGGAAGAUUUGUCCCUCCGUGACUUUCUUUUAGUCACAUUCACAAGCUGGUUUAAAGAAGAAUUUUUCAAGUGGGUCGACAGUCCAAUAUGCCCGAUGUGUUCUGUCUCAUGUAUAUACACAGAUACAGUACAAUCUCCUGAUAUUCAAUGUUCAAGGAUAGAAAUGUAUAGAUGCACAAGCUGCAAGGAAAGUGUCGCGUUUCCUCGUUAUUUGCAUCCAAAGCCGCUGUUAAGUACAAGACGCGGUCGUUGUGGUGAAUGGGCUAAUGUAUUCACACUUAUGUGUCGAUCUUUAAAAUACGACGCUCGACUUGUAUUUGACGAGACAGAUCACGUGUGGACAGAGGUAUGGUCGCCGAUGCAGAAGAAAUGGAUUCACGUAGACCCGUGCGAAAAUGUGGUGAAUAAGCCGCUGAUGUACGAGAAAGGAUGGCACAAAAAGCUUUCAUAUAUAAUAGCUUAUUCGAAAGAUGAGGUGCAGGAUGUCACAUGGCGUUACACGCGGGAACCAGAAGCUGUCCUUAAAAGAAGAACAAUGUGCACUGAGGAAAUUUUAACAAGAUUAAUUCGAUUUCUGAGCAAUAAACGACAAAAUGCUGUUGGUUAUAGCGCAAUACGUAUAAAAUACGUCGUUAAUCGAACUUUGUGUGAGCUCGCCAGUAUGAUAUAUAUACCAAACUCACAAAGUCAGAGUUUAAGUGAGGAUUCUUCUAAAGAGACCUAUGAAGGACGAACCUCGGGUUCUCUCGUGUGGAGAUUGGCACGAGGCGAGCUCAUGUCUGCAGACAAAGACUACUUGAAUAAGUGUAUGUAUAAGGACUACAUUUGGGAUGUCUCUAAAUAUGGACAAAUAUUCGAGCUGCGGUACAACAUCAUUAAAGAUAUAUACCAGAUUGUACAUAAUGAUGGCACCUUCCUGGAGCAAAUACAUAAAUGGUCUGAAGGAAUAAAUUCUACAUGUGGUGGAAUGUUUCGUAAAACAGAGGAAGACUGGAAAAUGGUUUACUUGGCACGAUCCGAGGGAACAUCAAACGGACAUGUUACAUGGGCUUUCAAAGUUGCAAAUCCUCAAUUAUGCAUCGAGACAUUUAACUUGAAAGCUAAGUCGCAAGUAUUUCAUGGAGCUAGUGUAUCCUGGGAAAUUGAAGCUAUUUUUAAUGAUAAUAAAACUGUUACAAUACCUAUUACACAAUGCACUAGCUUUCAUACGAAAAAAGUAGAGAAAGCUAUGAGAUUAAAUUUACAUGUAAUAUUAUCUGGUGGAAAAGAUGAAUCCGCUUGGCAACAUGCUCAACUUUUUCGACAAAGUUUAGAAGAUACAGAAGAACCAUCUAUGAUAAUUACUAUUCAAUUGAAAAAUCAAUGUGUAUAAAUUCCUGUAAACUAUACUUUUAACAAUUGUAUCAUUGUAAAUUAUUCUACAAAAUUAUAUUUAUAUUAUAUAAGUAUAUGAUAUUGUUUCUCUGGAUUUUAUAUGGUAAAACUAUUGCUAUUCAUCUAAGUACAAAAUGUAUAGCUCUAUUAUGAUAUAUUUCUACUGGUACAAGACCCUUUUUUUGAUGUAAUAUCAUGAACAUUAGUUAUUAAAACAUAUUACGUUUAAUCGCA